UCCAAUUCCUUUCUAGUCAUGAGGAAAAACCAGCGGCAGAAACCCCUCUUGAUUCUACUCUUUCUGCUCCUUUCCAGAGAUGCUUCAACUACUCCAGACCCGCAGUACCUGGUGCUGGUUCCUUCACAACUUUACACUGGAGUUGCCGAGAAGGCCUGUGUCAUGCUCAAUCACAUGAAUGAGACAGUGACACUGAAUGUGGUUCUGGAGUAUGGAUUACAGAAUGGGAACCUCCUCACAGAUGUGGUGACAAAGAAGAACUCUUUCUACUGCACCCCUUUCCUUAUUCCAGACAUGGCAAUUACCUCGGCAUUAAUAUCUGUGCAUGUGAGAGGUCGAACCCAGAACUUUAUUGAGAAGAAGGCAAUGAAGAUAACAAAAGCAGAGAGCCUGGACUUUGUCCAGACAGACAAACCCAUUUAUAAACCAGGACAAACAGUGAAAUUUCGCAUUGUUUCUGUGGAUUUCAAUUUUCGACCUCUGGAGGAAACAUUUCUGGUGGUGUACAUCGAGGAUCCCAAGAAGAACCGAGUUUUCCAAAGGCAAAAUCUCACAUUGCAACGUGGUCUCACCGAGCUCUCUUUUCCUCUCUCAGAGGAGCCCAUUCUGGGUUCCUACAAGGUCAUUUUGCAAAAGGCAUCAGGGAAGAAAACUGAGCACUCUUUUGAGGUGGAUGAAUAUGUUCUACCCAAAUUUGAGGUCCAAGUGAAAAUGCCCAAGAUUAUUGGCUUUCUAGAGGAGGAAUUUAAUGUCACAGUCUGUGGUCUAUACACCUAUGGAAAGCCUGUCUCUGGUCUGGUCACAAUUAAUGCAUGCCGAAAAUAUCAACAAUAUUAUUCCUUUUGCCAGUCUAAACGUCCAACAGCUAUCUGUGAAGAAUUCACUGAACAGGCAGACAAUAAAGGUUGCUUCACACAACUCAUAAAGUCUCAACAAUUUCAGCUGGGACAUAGAGGAUAUGAAAUGAAAAUAGAGGUGGAGGGCAGGAUCAGAGAGGAAGGAACAGAAUUGGAAUUAACUGGGCAUGGAUCCUCUGAAGUCACAAAUACCCUAAGCAAACUGAAAUUUACUAAAGUUGACUCACAUUAUAGACGUGGGCUUCCUUUCUUUGGGCAGCUUCUUCUGGUUGAUGAAAAGGACCAGCCAAUUCCCAAUAAAACUGUGGAGGUAUAUUGGGAUAACAGACAAAAUCCCCACAACUAUACUACUAAUGAGCAUGGCCUGGUGGACAUUUUCAUGAAUACCACCAACUUCACAUCUUCUUUCUUAUAUAUCACGGUCAUUUACAAGACUUUUGACUUCUGUCCUGACAUGCUAUGGCUUGAGGAGAAUCCUGCACAGAUCCAGCACGUUGCAAAGCGUGUUUUUUCUCCAAGCAAUAGCUUUGUUCACCUUGAACCUAUCGCUGAUCCUCUCACCUGUGGACAAGCCCAGGAGAUCAGGGCACACUACAUCCUAAAUGAACAGAUUCUGAAGGAUGAAAAAGAGUUAAUAUUCUACUAUUUGAUCAAAGCUAAAGGAAUCAUCUCCCAAUCUGGAACACAUGCUCUGUCCAUUACACAAGGGAACAUGAAAGGGGUAUUUUCUUUCUCCAUCCAAGUGGGAUUAGACAUUGCUCCUCAAGCAAGUUUGCUCUUUUAUACUACUUUACCUGAUGGAGAAAUGAUCGCAGAUACUCUGAAACUAGAGGUUGAAAAGUGUUUUGCCAAUAAGGUAGAUGUGAGUUUCUCCUCAGCCCAGGGCCUACCAACCUCAGACACCAAACUUAAGGUCACUGCCUCCCCUAGCUCCCUCUGUGCCCUUCGUGCAGUGGACCAGAGUGUUCUUCUAAUGAAGCCUGAAGCCGAGCUCUCACCUCAAUCAGUCUAUAAUUUGUUACCUGUGGAAGAUAUCCCUAAUACCCAGAGAUAUGUACCCAGGGUUCCUGUGAUUUUCAAUAAUGAAGACUGCAUCGUUGCAGAUGACAUAACUCACAAUGGAAUCACUUACACGCCAAAGGAGAUCCUGUUUGAAGAUGAUGUUCACACCAUCAUUGAGUCUUCUGGAUUCAAUAUUUUUACCAACUCAAAAAUAUACAAGCCACGUUUUUGUCAGCCACUUCAAGAAAGACUCUUUGGUGCACCACCCAUACCAAUGAUGGGUCCAUUGCCUGUCCCAGGACUGCUCGGGCCACCCAUAGGUUUCGCGCAAUCAGGGAGGAUAGGACCACUGCCAAUUGGUGCUGCAGGACCGCCCGGGAUACCCAUGGGUUUGGCGGCACCAGGGAUUGUAGCACCACCGCCAAUGGGUGCUGGAGGACCGCCCAGGAUACCCAUGGGUUUGGCGGCACCAGAGAUUGUAGCACCACCGCUAAUGGGUGCUGGAGGUGUGGGAGCAGUGCCUCCAAUGAUGGGUAUGGGACAAAUCUUUCCACCAUCCUUAGAAAUGAAAAAGAAGGAGACAAUCCGGAAGUAUUUCCCUGAGACCUGGAUCUGGGACUUGGUGGUACUUGAUUUAUCAGGCAGCAAGGAGCUGAAAAUCAAAAUCCCUGACACCAUCACAGAGUGGAAGGCCAGUGCACUCUGCUUGUCAGGAACAGCAGGGCUGGGCCUCUCUCCCAUCACUUCUCUUCAAGCCUUCCAGCCCUUCUUCCUAGACCUCACUCUGCCCUACUCUGUGGUUAGAGGAGAAGCCUUCACACUCAAAGCCACUGUGUUCAAUUACUUGUCCCAGUGCAUGCGGAUUAGCAUGCAGCUGGAGGACUCUCCUGCCUUCUUGGCUGUCCCAGCAGAGAAGAAUGAAGCCUCUCACUGUGUCUGUGGAAGUGGGCAGAAAACAGUGUCCUGGGCUGUGACCCCAAAGUCACUAGGAAAGAUGAACUUCACAGCCAGCGCAGAAGCCUUGAAGUCUCAGGAGCUGUGUGACGGUGAGGUGCCCCAGGUUCCAGCAGUUGGAUGGAAGGACACCGUGGUCAAGCCUUUAUUAGUUGAGCCUGAAGGAAUAGAAAGGGAAGAAUCUUUCAACACCAUGCUCUGUGCUUCACGAAACGAAGUGACUGAUAAGUUGUCACUGAAAGUUCCUUCAAAUGUGGUUGAAGGAUCCGCCAGGGCAACAUACUCAGUUUUGGGGGAUAUGCUCGGGUCUGCAGUGACAAAUCUUCAGAAUCUUCUCCAGAUGCCCUUUGGUUGUGGAGAGCAGAAUAUGGUCCUUUUUGUCCCUAACAUUUAUGUCCUGAACUAUCUGACUCAGACAGGACAGUUGACAGAGAAGAUCAAGGCCAAAGCCACAAGUCACCUUGUCAGUGGGUACCAAAGGCAAUUGAAUUAUAAGCACAGUGAUGGUUCGUACAGUGCCUUUGGAGAGGAUAAUGGCGGAAGUCAGGGAAAUACUUGGCUCACCGCCUUUGUGCUCAAGUCUUUUGUUCAAGCCCAGGCCUACAUCUAUGUGGAGAACUCACACAUCACCACCUCCUUUACAUGGCUCUCACAAAAGCAAAAGGCAAAUGGUUGUUUCCAACGCUCUGGAUCACUGUUGCAUAAUGCCAUGAAGGGUGGUGUGGAUGAUGAGGUCACGCUCUCUGCCUAUAUCACCAUUGCUCUGCUGGAGAUGCCACUGCCUGUCACUCACCCAGUUGUCCGCAAUGCUCUUUUCUGCUUGGAAACAACCUGGAGGUCAAUCUCAAAUAACCGAAGGAAUCUUAUGUAUACCAAGGCAUUAUUGGCCUAUGCCUUUGCACUAGCAGGAAACCAGAUCAGGCGAAAUGAGCUACUUCGGUCCUUAGAGAGACAGGCUGUGACAGAUGAUGACUCAAUUCACUGGGAACGUCCUGGGAAACGUCAAGAACCAAGCCCACUCUAUUAUGAACCCCGGGCUCCGUCUGUUGACGUGGAGAUGACAUCUUACUUGCUACUUGCUUACCUUACUGUCCAGCCUGCCCCAUCAACGAGAGACCUGACUGUGGCAUCACGUAUUGUGAAAUGGAUCAUCAAGCAACAAAAUCCCCAUGGGGGCUUCUCCUCCACUCAGGAUACUGUGGUAGCUCUUCAAGCCCUUUCCAAAUAUGGGGCAGCAGUUUAUGCUACUGGGGAGAAAGAUGUUACCGUGAUGGUCAAGAAUUCCAGGUCUUUCUCUGAAAAAUUCCAAGUAAACAAAGCCAACCGCCUUUUGCUGCAGCAGAUCCGGUUGCCAGAGAUUCCAGGGGAAUACACAACAGUGGUAUCGGGGACAGGAUGCGUGUACCUCCAGAGAACACUGAGAUAUAACAUCGUGCCUAAGAAAGAAGGAAAUGGUCCCUUCACUCUCAUGGUUGAUACAGUCCCUAAGAAUUGUGAUGGAAUAAAUGCCCACAAGAAAAUUCAGAUUCACAUUAACAUUAGCUACACUGGGAAACAGCCCAGCUCCAACAUGGUCAUUGUUGAUGUGAAGAUGGUAUCAGGAUUCAUACCUGUGAAAGCAUCGGUGAAAAAGCUGCAAGAAAUGCCUCAAAUUCAAAGAACUGAAGUGAACACCAACCAUGUCCUGAUUUAUUUUGAAAAGUUAACCAGUGAAGUCGUGAAUUUCUCCUUCUCAGUGGAACAAGAUAUUCAAGUAGAGAACUUGAAGCCAGCUACUGUAAAAGCCUAUGAUUAUUAUGAGACAGAUGAAAUCACCAUUAAGGAGUAUACUGUUCCUUGUGCUUCUGGAACUAAAGAAAUAAGUGCUUGAAAAUGCAAACUCUCAUCAGAUGAACUUCUCUAACAAGGAAGAUUAAGGACUUAGAGGAAAAAGUACUUAGAAAAAGGACUUAGAGGAAAAAGCAUGAAAAAAGGAUAGGAAUUUGGAAUAAACUGUGUGUGCAAUAUUUACAAUAAUUUUUUCUAAUAGUUAUUCAUGCCAUGUACAAUCUAAUAUACUUUUACUUUAUUAUGUAUAUAGUCUCCAUUAACUUUUUUUAAAAAAAACUUAGAAAUCUAUAUAAUCAGAAACAUUAUAGGUGAAAUUUUAAUUUUAGAGAACCACCAUAAUGCCCUCACUGAAUGUUUGAUUUGUAUUAAAUACAAAGUAGAAAUUUUGCUUCAGAUAUUUCUUCUUAAUUUUAAUAAUAUAAAAAUACAAAGUUAUAAAACGGCAAUAAUAUGAGAAAUAUCUUUACAAGUUUUACUAAUUUUUUGCAAGUCCUUUUUUUACAAAAGCUAAGAAUCAGACAUAAUGGAAAACAAAGUAAGAAAAAUUCAAGGUGAAAAAGGCAAAGUUUCUAUUUGAAUUUAAUUAUUAUAGAGCAAAGUUUUAUCUGAAAAAAUCUGAGCCAACAGAGCCAACAUGUAAUAUGUACUCAUUUAACAAAACUAAACUUGUCACUUUCAGUAAAUGAUACUGGAUUACUCAAAGCUUGUUAAUAUAUAAGCCACACAAAAGUCUUUCAUCAUCAAUACCCAUAAAUGACACUUGGUCCAAAUUUUCUCUCAUUAGGUAAUUAGUGGAUGAAUAUUACAUAAUUAAGUAAUUUUUUAUUCAAGCAUUUAAAAUAAGAGGUAAUGCAUUUGUCAGAGUUCAUAAAGUAAAAUAACACUUUUUCUAUGGAACAAUUUAUUAUUCAUACUGGUCUCAUAGGUGGAUUUUACUGAUGGUAAUCUCUUAUCUUGACAAAUUAUUUGUGAAAUAUAGUCAACUUUUGAAAGGAAUAUAUGUAUUUAUAUUGUAUAAAAUUAUAUUUUCAAUCAAAUAAUAAAACACAAUUUUAAAUAAUAAUAAAGUGACUGAUG